GACAGAACUCAGUGGGGGAGAAAAGAGGAGAGAUAUUCUAGUAAGGAAGAAAACGAAUGAUGAUAUCCCGGAGACCCGCUCCGAGUCCGGGUCGGGUCGAUAAAUAUCCACCGCCUUUCAUGGGGUUUCUGAAGAGCAACAGUAACGGCGGGAGCAUAAGCAGAAACCGAAGCCGAAGCCGAAGCAAAGGAAGGUCCCGCGCGAGUCCUCUCUUCGUUCGCCGGAAUAAAUCUGCAGCAGCGGCGGUGACUCAAGAACCGUCGUCACCGAAAGUCACUUGCAUGGGUCAAAUCCGAGUCAAGCGAUCGAAGCCCAAAACUCAACCCGAGUCUCGGGAAAACCAGGCCCGAAAACGAUGCGAGUGGAUCCGAAACGCGUCGUUUCGCAACGUUUUCCCCGAGAAAAUCAAAUCGUCGUCGUUUUGGCCUAAAUGGAAACUGUUUACGUUUCCGUGUUCUCGGCGUAAACCGAAAGAGAAAGAUUCUCCGAUAAGCCAAUUAGAUCAUCCGGCAACGGAACCAGCUAUAGAAAUUGAAAAAGAAGAAGAAGAAAGUUUCAAAAUCCCUAAAUUGUUUGUGUCGCCGGCUUCCUCCACGCCGCCGUUUAACGCUCUUUUGUUAACGAGAAGCAGAUCGGCGCCAUACAGUUCGUCUUCUUUAGCUUUCAGAUUCUGGGAAGAAAACAACAAACGAGAAGCAGAAGCACGAGGCGUGAGAGAGCAAAACGUUAGAUCGGGAAAUACUAAUUCGGAAGUUGCCGUCGCGAAUUUGAGUGGGGUUAAGGAGCAGGAAGCGAACAUUGACGAGAAUGAGGUAGGGAGAACGGAGUUAGGGUUUGUACGGCGGCCGGAGUUGACAAGGAGCAAAUCGGCGCCGGCGAGGAUCGGGGAGAAGAUGGUGUGCUUCUGUAUGAAGAAGAAGGUUAGGCAGGGUUUAGGUGUGUCACGUGAUUAGUCACUCAAUUUGACUAAUUCUUUGAUUAAUCGUUAGAUUUCACUGAUUAGUAUGAAUUUGACUUGUGUUAGUAUAAAGUUAUUUUUAUGUAGAUGUGAUGUUUAUAGGAAACAAAUUGUAAAGUAGAUUUGUAUCCAUACAUCUAUAGCGUAAGCGUAGGUAUGUGUGGC